AUGACCCUUUCAUGCCGCGUACCACAGACAGCACCACCAGCACCACCACCAGCACCACCACCACUACUUGGGCGAGACCACAGUCUCACUCUGAGGCUGGAAAACCUGCUGUCUCACCGACAUGCUUGGCGGAAAAACCUGGUCGACGAAUGCCAACAUUCCAGGGAGGAAAUCUGGAGAGAUUUCUGUUUUCCCCGAGACGAUUGUCCCGAAGAUGUUGUGAGUGAAAACGAUGCGAUGAUGUUGGAGCGUUGGGGUGCAAGGGUGCAGGAACCUUGGAACCCACCGAAUUAUAGUGAAGUGUCAGCGGGCUUGGCUCGGCGCAACAGGAUUUCCCAAUCUCCCAAGGCUCUUAGGGGUGCAUCACCGUCCCGUAUCGGGUUCGCAUAUGGAGCGGAACAUACACAUAAAUCAUCGAAUACUUCCCCGAACACGACGGAUGGACCCAGCUUCUCGGGCUCCGUCCGCGAAUUCGUGAUGCAGAUCCCUAGUUACCUAUAUAAAAAGGUUCCUUGCUACCAACCAGAGAGUCAGAGACCAAACUGGAGCCUUGGGGCAGAGCCUCUCUGGUUCCCCGGAUUCCGGAGUUUGUGGGGUUCUCCCACCCCUCUCGUAAUUCCCAAAAUCGAGGGCCUUAUGGACGACCUGAACAUGUCCAGGACCCAGUAUAACAUUGCCCUUGCCAUAUUCUUCGUCCCAUACAUCCUUUUUGAGGUUUCCAGUAACAUUCUUCUUGCCAAAUUCUCGCGACCAUCAAUAUAUAUUGAAAUGCUCACACUAGGCUGGGGUAUUUGUCAUGACUCUCACAUUUUCGCUGACACCUAUUGUUUCUGGGCAGCUGUGCGUUAUCGUCGCCUUCUGCAUCCUCUUCUCCAAAGUCAGCUGAAAUCGAGAAUCACAUCGGUCUCUGCUACUCCGCCGUGGUCCUUGGCCUGUAUUGGUUUCUACCCCAUUCUCCCGGCCACAGAUGCGUGGACACUCAACAAUCUUGCUGGCGAAGGGAAACGCUCCAUUGUCAUCGCAUUCAUGAUAUCCUUGGGGGAUUGCGGAGGAAUUCCCCGGCUCGUUCAUCUAUCUACCUUGAGAAGGAAAAGCCUAAAUACACGACCGGCUUUUGCUCUUUACGGUGACGAACAAACGGAGGAAGAAAUGCAUGCGAAAUAUACUGAUGAGCAACUGCAGACGAUGGGCAAUCGGUCGCCUCUGUUCAAGUAUAUUCUCUGA